AAAUUAUCAAAAUGAUAUUCGCUGUCGUCUAAACACAUCAUCGUGAGUAACGAGAUGGUGAGAAAAAAAGUGCAAAAAAGCAGACGACAAUGGCGACGCGGAUCCCUCUUUUGCAGCUCAAUAUGCCCGCGAGAAACUCAGCCGCUUUCACCAUAAUGAUUCAUGAUGCGCACAACACCCUCAACCACUAUCGACUUUUUCUUCUUCUUUUAUUUUCACACCUUGUCCCGCGGCAUUCGGGCUGACGGCAUUUCGCCAGCGCGAGACUGUCAAUUAUUCCAACUCGAUGUAUUUGUAAACAUACACCCAACUGCUGACGGUUUUGUUCAACAGGCUGCAGCCGGGUUGUUGCAACAGUGCGAUAAUCCUAUACCCAACCGCUGGCGAUUUCGGCCAACCGGCUCCAGCCGGGUUGUUGUAACAGUGCGGUAAUCCGAAAUCCGCAACUAACUGACAACAGUAGGCCCGAUUUACCGCCUUCGUCCUUUGGUGUGGGACCCUAAUCUAGAAUUAAUGUAGUUGACCGCGUUAAGAAGCAAGAAUGUCGGUAUAGGUUUGGAGGUUCCAAGCCCCCAAAUCAUCCCUGCCAAAGUUUGACAUGCAAGUCGCCCUAUGCUUCCAUCAAGGAGCGGCGGAUGAAUUAGUCAUUCACGACGACGCCUAGCGGGCACACCCGGGUUACUUUGGAAUGGAGUAGACGGCAUAUUAUAUAAAUAAAUCGCUGCCUUGCCAUUCUUUACUUGCUCCGAUCCAGCAUAUAUUCCGCUUAUCUCAAAAUCAACAUCAAGACCCUUGGAUCCCCCAACUGUCAGAGAAAACACAACCAACAACACCAAAACUCACAAUGGCCUCGCCUGUAGACCCCGAGCUGCAGCCGAUCUGGAACGGAAGUCCGUUCAUCGGCAAGCCCAAGGACGUGUCUGAACUCCGAGCCAUAUUCCAAGGCCAAUUCGCGUCCGGCCCCGUUCCACCAGGCGCCACCCAGCUCCCCUCCCACUCCGUCACAUCCGCCGACGGCACCCCGAUAGAAGUCCUGCACUUUGCCCCGGAGCCGCCGACAGCCGCAGCAGAAACCGGCGGCACCAGCCACGACGACCCGACGGCGACCACAGCAACAACAACAACAACACGGCCGCCAGCCCGCGCCAUCAUAUUCUGCUUCGGCGGCGGCCUGAUCAUGGGCAGCGCCGCCAGCAACCUCCACCCCGCCGGCUCCAUGGCCGCCCAGACGCGCAGCCAGGUGUUUGUGCCGGGGUACCGGGUCGCACCGGAGCACCCGGGGCCGGCGGCGGUCGAGGACGUCUACGCCGCGCUGCGGUACGUGCAGACGCACUCGGCGCGGCUGGGCGUCGACCCCACGCGCGUCGUCAUGUUCGGCAUCAGCGCGGGCGGCGGCAUCGCGGCCGGCACGCUGCUGCUGGCGCGCGACCGGACCGCCAGCGACCCCUGCGACCAACAGCUCCCGCUGCCGGCCGGCCUGGCGCUGCGCUACCCCAUGCUGGACGACCGCACCGAGGGCUCCGACGACGACCCGCUGCACCGCUACCACCUGUGGAACCACGUGGCCAACGACCUGGGCUGGGCGGCGUACGCGGGCGGCAAGACGCGCGCGGAGCGCACCGACGACAACAUGCCCGUGUACAUGGCGCCGGGCCGCGCAAAGCCGGACCAGCUGCGCGGCCUGCCGCCCGUCUUUGUCGACGUCGGGGAGCUGGACCUGUUCCGCGGGGAGGACACCCGGUUCGCGGCCGCGCUGGCCAUGGCGGGCGUCGAGGUCGAGUUCCACCACUACCCGGGGGUUCCGCACGGCGUCGAGGUCAUGGCCCCGGGGAUCAAGAAAGCGGUUGCCAUGCAGGAGAAUUUGAACAGGUUUCUUUGUAGAUUUUAGAGCGGGCCAGGAUAUAGAGACUCUUGAUAGAACAAAAAGACGUCCCAAAAGAUAAGCAACCACACAAACACACAGAGUAAAACUAAAACUUGCUCGUGACCCUCAACGUCUCCAUAUCCCCCCUCUCCUGCACCCAGACCCUCGCGCCCCUGACGGCC